GUGACAGCGCAGUGGGCGGGACCUCACCUCAGAUCAGGGGAGAGAGUUCAGUCUGUGGUGAGACUGAGGGUGAGUGAGAGAGAGGAAGGGACCCGGGGAGCUCUUCAGAGAUCGGAAUCUCAUGCAUGGUGAUCUCCGGCUCUGUGGGUGAUCCUCAUUCACCAUGAAAGAGUAGGAACUCGGCUCUCCAUGGGAAAUGGCCUGUUUUGUAAUAUCCUUGUCCUGCUACCUGGCGUAUGACUCCAGCUGCCUGUGAAGGGCCCAUCAGCUGUUUAUGGGAACUACUACUUGGUUCACACUCUUGAGGAUUUAAGCUUUUCCGGGACAACUCUUUUUUUUUUUUUUUUUUUCCCCCCCCUGCUGUCAAGCCAAAGCAAAAACGCUUUGCAAUAGAGUGGGGAGGCGCUGAGACAAUGGCAAACAACUCGUACAGUGGGGUGAAGAACUCCAUGGUGGAGGCCAACCACGAUGGAGAGUUUGGCUGCACACUCAAAGAACUGCGCUCCCUUAUGGAACUGAGAGGCGCAGAGGCGAUAACCAAAGUCGGUGAAACUUACGGGGAUAUUCAAGGACUCUGCAACCGAUUAAAAACUUCACCUAUAGAUGGUCUAAGCGGACAGCCUGCAGACAUCGAGAAGCGGAAAACAGUGUUUGGGCAAAAUUUUAUACCACCCAAAAAGCCCAAAACCUUCUUACAGUUAGUGUGGGAGGCGCUGCAGGAUGUCACACUGAUUAUCCUAGAAGUGGCAGCCAUAGUUUCACUAGGCCUUUCUUUUUAUAAACCUCCAGAUGCCAAAAGAGAUAACUGUGGAAGGGCUGCUGGAGGCAUGGAGGAUGAGAAUGAGGCGGAAGCGGGCUGGAUCGAGGGAGCGGCGAUCCUUCUUUCAGUUAUCUGUGUGGUGCUGGUGACAGCGUUCAAUGACUGGAGUAAAGAGAAGCAGUUCAGGGGCCUCCAGAGCCGCAUUGAGCAAGAACAGAAAUUUACAGUCGCCCGUGGAGGACAAGUUAUCCAAAUUCCCGUGGCUGAGAUCGUGGUCGGCGACAUUGCACAAAUAAAAUACGGCGAUCUUUUGCCUGCUGACGGCGUCUUAAUCCAAGGCAACGAUCUGAAGAUUGAUGAGAGCUCGCUCACAGGGGAGUCGGACCACGUCAAGAAAACACAAGAAAAGGAUCCAAUGCUUUUAUCAGGCACCCAUGUAAUGGAAGGCUCAGGGAAAAUGGUGGUCACUGCUGUGGGUGUCAACUCUCAAACUGGAAUUAUCUUCACUUUACUCGGGAGCGGCGAGGAUGAUGACGAAGACGAGGAGGAGAAGAAAAAGGAAAAGGAGGAGAAGAAGAAACAGAGGAAAAACAAAAAGCAAGAUGGAUCUGUGGAAAAUCGUAAGAAAGCUAAAGCACAGGAUGGUGCUGCGAUGGAAAUGCAGCCUCUGAACAGUGACGAGGGAGGUGAUGCUGAGGAGAAGAAAAAAUCCAACCUGCCAAAGAAAGAGAAGUCUGUUCUCCAGGGCAAACUGACCAAACUGGCUGUACAGAUCGGCAAAGCAGGUCUGGUUAUGUCAGCCAUCACUGUUAUCAUCCUGGUGGUGCUAUUUGUAGUCGACACCUUCUGGAUCCAGAAUCUGCCCUGGGACAAGGACUGCACUCCCAUCUACAUCCAGUUCUUUGUGAAGUUCUUCAUCAUCGGCGUCACUGUUCUGGUGGUGGCCGUUCCCGAAGGCCUGCCGCUCGCCGUAACAAUUUCCCUGGCAUACUCCGUUAAGAAAAUGAUGAAAGACAACAACCUUGUGCGUCACUUGGACGCCUGUGAGACUAUGGGCAAUGCUACCGCCAUCUGCUCUGACAAGACUGGUACGCUCACAAUGAACCGCAUGACUGUGGUGCAGGCCUACAUCGCUGAGAAGUUCUACAAGAAAGUCCCGGAACCAGAAAACAUCACCCCUUCUAUUUUAGAUAUCCUGAUUCUGGGUAUUGCAGUCAACUGCGCCUACACCACCAAGAUCAUGCCUCCAGAGAAAGAAGGGGGCUUGCCACGGCAGGUGGGUAACAAGACCGAGUGUGCCUUGCUUGGCUUUUCUAAUGACCUGAAGCGAGACUACCAGGCUAUCCGCAAUGAGAUCCCCGAGGAGAAACUGUACAAAGUCUACACCUUCAACUCGGUCCGCAAGUCUAUGAGCACCGUGUUGAAGUUGGCUGAUGGCAGCUACCGUAUGUUCAGCAAAGGAGCCUCAGAGAUUCUCUUAAAAAAGUGCUAUAAAAUCCAGACGGCAAACGGUGAGUCAAAGGUGUUUCGCCCACGGGACAGAGAUGACAUGGUAAAAAAAGUGAUCGAGCCCAUGGCCUCAGAGGGCCUGAGGACCAUCUGCCUUGCAUAUAGAGAUUUCCCUGCUUCUGAGGGUGAGCCUGACUGGGACAAUGAAAAUGACAUCCUCACCGGACUGACCUGCAUCUGCGUGGUGGGCAUCGAAGACCCCGUGAGACCUGAGGUCCCAGACGCAAUCAGGAAAUGCCAACGUGCUGGCAUCACGGUGCGAAUGGUAACUGGGGACAACAUCAACACAGCUCGAGCCAUCGCCACCAAGUGUGGCAUCCUACUGCCCGGAGACGACUUCCUCUGCCUGGAGGGCAAAGAGUUCAACCGAAGGAUACGCAACGAGAAAGGAGAGAUUGAACAAGAACGCAUUGACAAGAUCUGGCCCAAGCUGCGAGUACUGGCUCGCUCAUCACCCACAGAUAAACACACCUUAGUGAAAGGUAUUAUAGACAGCACAGUAAUAGAACAGAGACAAGUGGUGGCAGUGACAGGAGAUGGUACAAAUGAUGGUCCUGCCUUGAAGAAAGCUGAUGUUGGCUUUGCCAUGGGUAUUGCCGGCACAGAUGUAGCCAAGGAGGCAUCUGACAUCAUUCUGACCGACGACAACUUCUCCAGCAUCGUAAAAGCCGUCAUGUGGGGACGCAACGUCUACGAUAGCAUCUCCAAGUUCCUCCAGUUUCAGCUGACUGUCAAUGUGGUGGCUGUCAUUGUAGCGUUUACCGGAGCCUGCAUCACACAGGACUCUCCUCUCAAAGCCGUACAGAUGCUUUGGGUUAACCUGAUCAUGGACACCUUUGCCUCACUAGCUCUGGCCACAGAGCCCCCCACAGAGGCCCUGCUGCUAAGGAAGCCAUAUGGCCGCAACAAGCCUCUCAUCUCCCGCACCAUGAUGAAGAACAUCCUCGGUCAGGGCGUGUUCCAGCUCAUCAUCAUUUUCUCUCUGCUCUUCGCUGGUGAGAAAAUCUUUGACAUAGACAGCGGCAGGAACGCUCCCCUCCACGCCCCGCCCUCUGAACACUACACCAUCGUCUUCAACACCUUUGUAAUGAUGCAGCUUUUCAACGAGAUCAACGCCCGCAAGAUCCACGGUGAAAGGAAUGUCUUCGAUGGCAUCUUCAACAACCUCAUCUUCUGUAGUAUCGUCUUCGGUACCUUUAUUAUCCAGAUUGUCAUUGUGCAGUUCGGAGGGAAGCCAUUCAGCUGCGUGGCUCUGUCCGUCGACCAGUGGCUGUGGUGCACAUUCUUAGGCUUCGGCUCUUUACUAUGGGGACAGGUGAUCUCCACAAUACCCACCAGCCGCUUAAAAUUCUUGAAAACGGCUGGCCACGGCACCCAGAAGGAGGAGAUCCCGGACGAGGAGCUGGAUGAGCUGGAUGACAUGGAAGAGAUCGACCACGCUGAGCGGGAGCUUCGCCGAGGCCAGAUCCUCUGGUUCCGAGGCCUCAAUCGCAUCCAGACUCAGAUGGAUGUAGUGAGUGCUUUCCAGAGUGGAACUUCCUUUCAGGGGGCUCUAAGGCGGCAGGCCUCCAACUCCAGCCAACAACAGCACGAUGUAACCAAUGUUUCUAGCCCUACACAUGUAGCCUUUUCUACUACCACUACUGCCACUGCCGCCAACUCCGCUUCUGCCACUGUGGGGUGUGAGUGCGUGUUCUCCUCUAGUGCAUGAGACUUUUUUAUUUUA